GUAGAAAUUUCCAUUAUUUUACGUAGAUCUUGCCUUUUCCACUUUGUCGGUUUAUGUGUAAGACCGUGAGGAUCAAGUGACUGGAAAGUGUGAUUGUGCCGGUUCAAAAUGUACUCGUCAGUUGUACUGUUGGGUCUUUUAUGUUUUUGUGGAGCAUUUGCAGAUGACGUUCUCGUCUUUACUGAUGCAAAUUUUGGAGAUGAAAUCGCCAAAUAUGAAACUAUACUUGUCAAGUUUUAUGCUCCAUGGUGCGGACAUUGCAAGAGGUUAGCGCCAGAGUACGAGAGAGCUGCUACAACUUUGAAAAAGCAAGACCCACCAGUGGCUUUGGCAAAGGUGGAUUGCACAGUUGAGACAAACGUUUGCUCUAAGCAUGGUGUAAGUGGCUACCCAACCCUGAAAGUUUUCAAAAAUGGAGAACUUGCCAAAGAUUAUUCUGGCCCAAGAGAAGCUGAUGGAAUCGUUAAAUAUAUGGUGAGGGAAGCUGGUCCAGUCUCCAAGAAACUGGAAAGCGCUGAUGAUGCCAGGAACUUUUUGAAUAAAGCAUCUGUUGGAGUCAUUGGAUUCUUUGAAUCUGAGAGUAGUUCUCUUGCCAAGGCUUUCUUGAAAGUUGCUGACAAGUUGUCUGAUGUCAGGUUUGCACACACAAUAAGCAAAGAAGUCAAGGAGGAAUUGAAACAGACUGAAGAUGGUAUUGUAUUGUUCAGACCAAAAGUACUUCAGAGCAAAUUUGAGGAUGCUGAGGUUCGUUGUGAAGAAACCAGUUCAGAAAAGAUCCAAUCGUUUAUUCAAGGAGAGUCAUUGGGUCUCUGUGGUGAGCGCACCAUGAGUAAUGCAGAAAAUUUCCAGAAACCUCUAUUUGUUGCAUAUUUCAAUGUGGAUUAUGUGAAAAAUCCUAAAGGCACCAACUAUUGGAGAAACAGGGUGAUGAAAGUUGGUAAGAAGAUCAAGGACGAGGGCGAAACUGUUUACUUUGCUAUUAGCGGCCUUGACGAGAUGAGCAGAGAGCUGGAAGAGUGUGGUAUUGAAGACAGGAAUGGCGACAAGCCUGUUGUCUGUGCAUGGAAUGCAAAGAACCAGAAAUUUAAGAUGACAGAAGAAUUUAGCAUGGAUUCCUUUGAGCAGUUUGUGAGGGAUGUGCUGGCAGGAAAAGUUGAAGCAUACAUGAAGUCUGAACCCAUUCCAGAAGAUAAUGACACUCCAGGAAAAGUAAAGGUUGUCGUCGGCAAAAACUUUGAUGAAAUUGUCAACAAUGAAGAUAAAGAUGUACUUAUUGAGUUUUAUGCUCCAUGGUGUGGCCACUGCAAGAGUCUGGCUCCCAAGUAUGAUGAGCUGGCUGAAAAGCUGAAAGAUGAAGAGAAUGUUGUGAUCGCCAAGAUGGAUGCUACAGCUAACGAUGUGCCACCCAACUAUGAAGUCAGAGGAUUCCCUACCAUUUAUUUCGCACCAAAGGGUAACAAGAGCACACCCAAGAAAUAUGAGGGUGGCCGUGAGGUGGAUGACUUCGUCAAGUAUUUGUCAAAGGAGGCUACAGAUGGUCUCAAAUCAGUUUCCAAAGAUAGCAAGAAGAAGAAGAAGGACAAGAAUGUUGAGUUGUAAAAGGAACUAUUGAUUUUAUUGUUAUAAUUUAUGAUAGCCGUUAUCGUUAACAGUAAUUCCGCAUCGUGUCUUAAUAUGUGGAGAAGAAUGUUUUGUUUGUCUGCUUGUGUUGUCCUUUUCGUAAAUCUUGAGCAGUUGAACUUAAUUUUUGUACCAAAUGUUUGACAAAGAGCUUUGUCCCUAAAUCUCUUGAAUCGAACCUGCUGAUCUAAGACCAUAUACUAUGAAUUGUGUUGUUGGUGGGGAAAAGAACCCAGCCAUAUAUAUGUUAAUUUUCAGCAUUGAACACAAAUACCACUUGCAUGCGUAUGAAAUUUAAAUGCAAAUUAAAGACCAUCUUCAGCUUGCCAUGAGAGGAGACAGUAUAUGAAUGUGAACUUUGAUGUCUUUUACUUCUGGUAUUUAUAGAGUCAGUCUGCUGUCUUUAGUCCAGUGAUAAAAGUAUUGUUAAAAGCAUCCUGUGGUUCCUGAUUGUUGUGACCUUGAGGUUUCAUCCUAUUGUGACAGUACGGCUUCCUAUGUUGAAAAUGAAUUGUGUUUGAACUGGGAAACUUUUGAUAUUUCAGUGGUAUCACUGAUGUCUUGAAGACAUGUUGAUGAGACUGUACUGUAAGCACUUUGCACAUAUCGAUUUGGUUUUACUCUAAAAAGUGUGAAAGCAGUGAGUGUUCAUUUUUAUUUUUUGGGUGCAAUGUUUUUCUGAUAUUUCGUGUCUUGAAUUCCAAUUUUAGAGCACAGAAUAACAGAAUAAGAAAAUGAAUGCAGUGGACCACUGGUACUAGGCUGUUUCACAUUGGUACAAUUUUUUUUUAACCUUCAUUUCUCAUUUUUUUAUAUUCAGGCUAACAGUACAUGUACUAACAUUUCAUAUUUACUUUUGUUUUCACAUCAUGCAGUUUUGUUUAUUUAUCCAAGUUCUGUUUUGAAACUUGUUCAGAUGUGCAUGAGUUGGGUUGUUUUUCUUUUUCCUGUUGUCGUUGGUCGUUGAAUAGAAAACUGAUACGGAAUCCGUUGGUGGUGAUUGUUGAUGAAACAUAUGUGGAAUUGAGAAAUUGUGAUUAAAGAAUGCCUGACCUGAUUUUACAAAGA